AACUUUUGCUCAAUUUAUCCAAUUUUAAUUCAAUUUAUCCUUAAGUGACUGACUUGUACUUCACAAGCUUAGAAAGCAUUUAAUAAUUGAAUGCUUGGGACAAUUCUCAAGUUUAGCAUCUCACCGCGCGCUAUUUAUUCACCUUCAACCCAGCAACCAUUUGUAUCCACGAUAGAGAGAGAGAGAGAGAGAGAGAGAGAGAGAGAGAGAGAUGGAAGAACAGCAAAGAUGGGUCAUUGACUUGCAGUCGACGAUCGAAGCUAUACAUGAGAGUGAAGGAGAGAGGGAGGGAGGGAGAGAGUUCGAAGAACAGCGAAGAUGGGUCAUUGACUUGCAAUCGAAGAUCGGAACUAUUAACUACGAAAGAGAGGUUGAGAUCCAGAGGAAGAAGUGCAUCUACAGGGUGCCUAGGAUCCUGAGGGGCCUCAACGAGGAUGCCUACACACCCCAGCUCUUCUCUUUCGGACCGUAUCACCACGGCAAGGCCCACCUGAAGCUGAUGGAGAGCUACAAGCCUGCUCCUUGCCCAGUACCUCGAGCGGGCCAACAAGAGUCUGGCCCAGGUGGCGGAGGCCUUCAGGCCUGUGGUCCAGGAUCUUAUGGAUGCCUAUGACGACCUGGAAGAGCCAUGGUCGACCGACAAGGAGAGGUUCCUGGAGCUGAUGAUCCUUGAUGGUUGCUGCUUACUGAAACUUAUAAUCAACAACUUUUGGAUACCAGAGGUGGGGAGGCCAUACAUGUCAACUGCCACGUGGAUGGACCCACGGAGGCUGGAGAACCAGCUCCCACUUCUUGUUCUGGCCAUCCUCAUAGAAAUGGGUGGUCAUGAGGUUGAGGAUACCGAGAAAUUCUUUGGUGAGCUUGGCUACAACGACCCGGGAGAACAGCGAACCAUUAGAGGAAUGGGCCACCAUUGGCUUGACAUGGAAAGGAGGGGUAACACUAAUUCUGGAGACUACUUCUAUGACCAUGAAUGGACCGUCCGCCCCGCCGUGGAGCUCUUCCAAGCAGGGGUGAGUUUCAAACCAAGUCAAACCGGCUGCUAUAGCGACAUCAGCUUCAAAAAUGGAGUCCUCAAUCUCCCUACUAUAAUCUGGUACACUAAUGCUGAGGCACACAUCCUCAAUAACAUUGCCUUCGAGAAUAUUCACAAUGGUACAGGCGGAGCAUUAACUCAUUAUGUCUUUCUUAUGGAUAAUAUCAUCGAUACAGAUAAAGACGUGGCACUGCUCAGGAAGAAAGGGAUUAUCAAUUGCACCGCAGGAAGCAACAACGAAAUCGCUUCCCUAUUCAAUCGCCUCACCAAGGAAUUGCCAGUGGUCGUCAAGCCUGUUGAUACUAUACAUAGAAUUAAUGUGAACAAGAACUUGGAAAAGUACUGCAAUAAGAGGUGGAAUAAGUGGCGUGCCAGCUUCAUGCAAAAUUACCUUGCCAACCCUUGGGUGUUUUCCUCACUCGUGGCCGCAUUUGUCCUCUUGGUACUGACUAUACUCCAGACGACGUACUCAAUCCUACCUUACUACCACAAGUCUUGACUCCCAACGGCUUUGAUCAGGUUUCAUAUGCAAGGGAAUAAAAGACAGCACCAUGAUAAGCAAUGUUCGAGAUAUAGCAUGAAAGGAGUUGGAAGAUUUAAGGCGGAGAACAUGUGGUCAAUGAAUUAUUAAGCAAAAGAUUUAUCAAGAUAUCACGUGGUUGUAGAAGUUGCAAAAAAUUGUACUUCAUUAUCUUAUAUUCCCUACAUUAUAAUUGCGACCAGAUUGAUAAUCUCUUUAAUUUGCUAUGUGCAUGAA